AUGACUGCUGUGCCAGCACAAGUAGAUGUUGAAGUGUCUGAAAUUCCUAAAAUGGACCAUGUUCCUGAACAAUCAUUCACGAAUGGGCACAAUGGCAUACAUUCAUCGAGCAACUCUAUCCCGCUGAACACAGACUACGCGUAUAAACUACGCAAAAUGUAUGUCCUAACUAUCGGCGCAGGCUUCUCGGGUCCCUUGAUGGCGCACAAAUUCCAACAUCGAUUUCCUGAGCCGCAAGAGUUCGGGGAGCACACUAUAUAUGAAGCUUGUAACGAUGUUGGUGCACAUAGUUGA